AGUGUUGCUGGGUAGUUCCUGAUGUACUCUUGUUCAGGAAGUCUCUAUGAACUCCAGAUCUUCAAAAUGCUCUAUGCAAGUGUUUUACUUCUGAUGCAUGUAAGUUUCUUUGGCACAGCAUACUCAGGGAAAAUUCUGGCUUGGCCAACAGACGGCAGUCAUUUUAUGAACUUAAAUGUGAUCCUUGAAAACCUUGCACACAAAGGUCAUGAAGUAACAGUGCUGGUCAACUCAGCCAACCUUAUCAUGGACACCAGCAAAACCUCAGCUUUAAAAUUUGAAGUCUUCCCUGUUGCAUUUUCAAGAACCAGAAAUGAAAAGCUACUAGAGGAAUUCUUACGCUUAUGGAUUUAUGAUCUUCCUAAUAUGUCCUACUGGGAAUUCUUUACCCGAAUGAAAAAAGCCAUGGCGGACUCCUUGGAGGUACAGCUUCUAGUGUGUGAUGGCAUCAUAAAGAACAAGGAGAUGUUAAGGAAGCUAAAAGAUGAGAAGUUUGAUGUCCUUGUUGCAGACCCACUAGCUCCUUGUGGUGAACUUAUCGCUGAGAUCAUUGGAGUGCCAUUUGUGUAUUCCUUUAGGUUCUCAAUGGCUAAUAUUAUAGAAAGACUUUGCGGUCAACAACCCAUGCCGUUUUCUUAUGUACCCGCUAUAAUGACUGAAUUCACAGAUAGAAUGUCCUUUAUAGAACGCCUAAGAAAUACAAUUUUUUAUUUAUCUCAAGAUGCUUUAUUUUAUUCUGUCCUUUCAUCCUCCUGGGACGCAUAUUACAGUGAGGCACUAGACGGCAGUCAUUUUAUGAACUUAAAUGUGAUCCUUGAAAACCUUGCACACAAAGGUCAUGAAGUAACAGUGCUGGUCAGUUCAGCCAACCUUAUCAUGGACACCAGCAAAACCUCAGCUUUAAAAUUUGAAGUCUUUCCUGUUGCAUUUUCAAGAGCCAGAAAUGAAAAGCUACUAGAGGAAUUCUUACGUACAUGGAUUUAUGAUCUUCCUAAUAUGUCCUACUGGGAAUUAUUUACCCGAAUAAAAAAAUCCUUGGCAGAUGCUGUGGAGAUAGAGCAGCUAGUGUGUGAUGGCAUCAUAAAGAACAAGGAGAUGUUAAGGAAGCUAAAAGAUGAGAAGUUUGAUGUCCUUGUUGCAGACCCACUAGCUCCUUGUGGUGAACUUAUCGCUGAGAUCAUUGGAGUGCCAUUUGUCUAUUCCUUUAGGUUCUCAAUGGCUAAUACUUUAGAAAGACUUUGUGGUCAACAACCAAUGCCGUUUUCCUACGUACCUGGUAUAAUGACUGGAUUCACAGAUAGAAUGUCCUUUAUGGAACGCGUAAAAAAUGCAAUGUUCUAUUUCUCCCAAGAUGCUUUAUUUUAUUUUGGCCUUUCAUUCUCUCGGGAUGCAUAUUAUAGUGAGGCACUAGGUCGCCCCACAACUUUUUGUGAAAUUAUGGGGAAAGCAGAAAUUUGGCUGAUCCGUACUUACUGGGAUUUUGAGUAUCCACGUCCAAUUCUUCCAAAUUUUGAGUAUGUUGGAGGCCUACACUGUAAACCAGCGAAACCUUUACCAGAGGGAAUGGAAAAACUUGUCCAAAGUUCUGGAGAACAUGGAAUUGUGGUGUUCUCCCUCGGUUCUAUGGUGAAAAAUUUGACGGAAGAAAAAAACAAUGUCAUUGCUGCUGCCCUGAGCCAGUUACCACAGAAGGUAAUCUGGAGAUACAGUGGAAAGAGACCAGAAACAUUAGGAGAGAAUACAGUGAUAUAUGACUGGAUACCACAAAAUGAUCUGUUAGGUCACCCCAAAACAAAAGCCUUUAUUACACAUGGGGGAACUAAUGGAAUAUAUGAAGCCAUUUAUCAUGGUGUUCCUAUGGUUGGAAUGCCGCUCUUUGCUGACCAGCCAGAUAAUAUGAUCCAUAUGAAGACAAAAGGCAUGGCGGUUAUAGUUGACAUAAACAAAAUGCAAAGCCAGGACCUGGUUGACGCAGUGAACACAGUCAUCAACAAUCCAACGUAUAAAGAAAAUGCCUUGAGGAUAUCGCGUAUCCAUCAUGACCAGCCUGUUAAACCGCUAGACAGAGCCGUUUUCUGGAUAGAGUUUGUCAUGCGUCACAAAGGAGCGAAGCAUUUGCGUCCAGCUUCACAUGAUUUAACCUGGUAUCAGUACCACUGCUUGGAUGUCAUUGGAGUCCUGUUGGUCUGCCUUUUCACUAUUCUUUACAUCACUGUCAAGAUCUUCUUAUUCCUUUGCAGAAAAUGCCGUCCAACCAAGAGAAAACAAAAAAAGCACUGACAGGAUGAGUAGUACUUUUGUAUUUAGAAACGAGUGGUUCUAUUAUGAUUUUUUUUUUAAAUAUGAUUAAUAAAAGUCUAGCGCAAAAGAUAGUAA